AGGAAACGUAGUAGGAACGUUAACGGUGUUACCAUGUUUAUUAAUUAAAACUGUUCGUACAGUAAUAUUGUAAUAGUGCAACCAGGAACAAUCCAAAAAUAAUACAUUCAGUGUUGAAGUAUUAUAAAUGGCCCUAUUAUUCACAAGCCUGUGGGACUCUACAAUGCUUUUAAGUACCUUAACCCCAAAAUUUUAUGUUGCCCUUACUGGAACUUCAUCAUUGAUUUCUGGAUUAAUUCUUAUUUUUGAGUGGUGGUAUUUUAGAAAAUACGGUACAUCCUUUAUUGAACAAGUAUCUUUAAAUCAUAUUUCACCAUGGAUUGGUGGAGGUGACAGUGGAUCAGAGGGAAACAAUUCAACUUUAAAUGGUUCAAAUUCAAAUCAACAAAAUGUUUCAGAAUGUAAAGUUUGGCGUAAUCCAAUAAAUUUAUUUAGGGGGGCUGAAUAUCAAAGAUUUCAUUGGGCUACAAACAAAGAUCCAUUAACAUAUUAUGAUAUGAAUUUAUCUGCUCAAGAUCAUCAAACAUUUUUCACUUGUGAGGGUGAUACAGGUAAGGCUGAAUAUGAAAUAAUGCAAACAGCUUGGAGAGAACGCAAUCCAGCAGUAAGAGUAAAAGCUGCACAUAGUGCUCUUGAACGUAAUCCUGAUUGUGCUCCUGCAUAUAUUUUACUUGCUGAAGAAGAAGCUACUACUAUUGUAGAAGCAGAAAGAAUUUUAAAGCAGGCUUUAAAAAUAGCAGAAAACAAUUAUAGAAAAUCUCAAAGUACUCAACAUCAAGGAGCUAUUGCAGAAGCUAUACACAGGAGAGAUACAAAUGUAUUAAUAUAUGUUAAAAGAAGAUUAGCUAUGUGUGCAAGAAAGUUAGGAAAAUUGAAAGAAGCAGUAAAAAUGUUUAGAGAUUUAACAAAAGAAGUUCCAUCAAUUAUGAAUGCAUUAAACAUUCAUGAAAAUUUAAUUGAAGCUUUAUUAGAAAUGCAAGCAUAUGCAGAUGUUCAAGCAGUAUUAGCAAAAUAUGAUGACAUAAGUCUACCAAAAUCAGCAACUAUCUGUUACACAGCUGCACUGUUAAAAGCACGGGUAGUUGCUGAUAAGUUUUCAACAGAUAUUGCUAGUAAAAGGGGUUUAACUACUCCAGAAAUGAUAGCAGUUGAAGCUAUUCAUAGAGCUGUUGAAUUUAAUCCUCAUGUACCUAAAUAUUUAUUAGAAAUGAAACCUUUAAUUUUACCCCCUGAACAUGUACUAAAAAGGGGGGAUUCAGAAGCAAUUGCUUAUGCUUUCUUUCACCUUGCUCAUUGGAAACAGAUGGAGGGUGCUCUUAAUUUAUUACAUUGUACAUGGGAAGGUACAUUUAGAAUGUUGCCCUAUCCGUUAGAAAGAGGGCAUUUAUUUUAUCCAUAUCCGACCUGUACGGAAUGUGCAGAUCGUGAAUUAUUACCCUCGUUUCACGAUGUAAGCGUUUACCCCAAAAAAGAAUUACCCUUUUUUAUUUUGUUUACAGCAGGUCUAUGCUCCUUUACAGCGCUUUUAGCACUUUUAACGCAUCAGUAUCCCGACACUAUGGGUGCAGUUGCACGAUCAAUGCUUGCCUUGUGUUCUCAUCCAUUUUAUUAUAUUUUAGAUAAAUUGGAGGCAAUUUUACCUUCUAAUUUAUUACAACAGCUCUCUAGAAUAUAA